GACUAAGACAUACUUCCAGUACAAAAAGUAAUGAAUUAGAAACUUCUUGACUCACCUGCCAAACUGGUCAAACUUCCUGGACUAUGCGUCAUUGACUGGACUAUAUAUCUACGUGUCAUUGAAACUCAUUUAACAAAAUGUGUCAAAAGAUGGAUCUUUCAACAGAAAUGUCGAGUAGUUCCAUUUUAGAAGAAACAAAGAGUCUCGCUACAUAUUCCAAUUAUCCCCAGUUGAUGAAUCGAGAAUUGAGGUAUAUACCACAUUUCUUUAAUGGGCCUUUGGGCUCCCUGAUCUUUAAGGAAAUUUGCCAGUUCAUAAACAGAGAAUUGAUCUCUGCUGGCGUCCUUUAUUAUGUAUCUCAUGGAAAAAUAUGCAGGGUGACUGAAUUUAACGGUUCCACAUACUCAUUAUUAGAGUCUUUGUUCAACGAGAGGAUGGAAAUGAAACGUGAAAGCAAAUAUACAGUCUCUGUCAUUGAAGAACGUUGGUUUCUGCUUGGUGCUUCCGUUUGUUGCAUUUGUGUUAACGGCCUCCCAGUAGGUACAGGCUUCUUGUUGUUUGAUCGUUAUAUCCUAACAAAUGCACAUGUCAUUAAGCGUAUUAUUAACGAAGGAAACUUACUGCAGGAGGUCUCCAUCAUGUUUACCUUUGACGACAUGAAGGGUGGAACAUACUUCCUCCCUUUAAACGUAAAACCAGAAGUUGUUGUUGGCUGGUUUGAUGAUAAUUGGCAAAUUGGCAUGGAUUUUGUUUUACUGGAGCUGGAUCUGCAGGAGCAUGAGGCUCAGAUACUACCUCCUGCUCUUCUGAGUACAUAUGGACCUCCCUCGGGGAUGGGAGACAUCUACAUUAUUGGUCACCCUGGUGGUGGGGGAAAAACGAGUGAGCUAUGUCCCAUUACUGAAGAUCCCAUCUGUUUAGAGGGUAGAAUAUUCAGGUAUAAAACAAAUUUCACAGAAUGGUCCUCAGGCUCCCCAAUCUUUGGAAAAAAUUUCGAGUGGCUAGGCAUGCACACUGGUGGCGACAAAGUCAGUGAUGGAAGUGCAAUUGGAUUCGGCAUUUUCAGGAGGUUUAUAGUAAAGAAUUUGAUCCUACUUAUGAUACAACAAAAUAAAGGUGAACCUCUGUCAAAAUUUUUCGAUGCAGUAAUAUAGAGUGAACAUACAAUUGAGCUCAUUUCCGAAUUUAUAUGACGUAUGUUAUCAAGUUAAAAUU